AAAUGAUUCGUAAAAUAGGUGUUCUUCAUAAAUACUUUACAAAAUCUCAUGCGGCAUGUCAGUUUUUAGAUGAUGCAAUUAAAAUUUUGCAAAUUAAAGGAGGAACUUUAAAAAGCCAUACAAAAACUCGGUGGUCCACAAUGUGGGAUUGUUUUGAUUCGAUUGUAAGACUUGAAUUUGCUUUUAUAAGAAUUCUCUCAGAACAUGGAAAUGAUCUUUCAAAUCAUAUUAAAGAUAUUUUAAAUGAUUUGGAUUUUUAUAAAAAUUGUCGGAUAGUUGCAUCAGUCCUUUAUCCUCUUAAAAUUUCAGUUGGGUGUUUGGAAUCAAGAACUUCAACUCUUGCAGAUUGCUAUGUUCAUUUAGUAUCAUUAGCGAGUGCAAUUUAUUAUUUACCAAAUAGAAACUUGGAGUUUAAAAAUUAUUGUAUUGAAAAAUAUAAUAAACGUUGGAAUGAAUUUUCAAAUGAUACUUAUCUUUUGGCAUUUUUUUUACAUCCUGGAUAUCAUGGUGAUGGUAUUGAUUUUGGAAAAUUUCAUGAUAUUACUAUUAAAGCUGCACAAAUUUGGAAAGAUAUGGGGCAUGAUCAAGAAUCGUGCAGCAAAUUACUUAGCCAAUUACGAAAAUAUAAACUUAGAAGACCUCCUUUUGAUCAACUAUAUAAUUUUAAUUCUGAUACAGCUAUUAAUUGGUGGGAAACAGCCCGAAAUUCCAAAGUAGAUUGGGAGUUACAGGCAUUAGCACUUCGAAUCUUUGCUAUAACUACACAUAGUGCUUCAUGUGAGCGAUCUUUUUCUAUUUUUGGUUGGUUUUAUGGUCAAAGGCAUACUAAUUUAUCACUAGAACGAGUAGAAGGGAUGUGCAAGCUGCACACUUUUUAUAUCACAAAUGCGAAACAGGAAUUGCCUUACUAUGCUAGUGAUACUACGGAAAAUUUAUUGCACUAUCAAAUAAUAGAUUCUAUGAAGGCAAUUGAAGAUGAAUUAGAAGAGAUAGAUUUUGA